AUGGCCGUCUCUGAAAGAAUAACGGCGAUGGAAUCGUACAUUUUGAACCCUUCUCACUGGAAAUUAAUUUGUACGCGCUCUUUACAAGGUAUUGAUUGUAUUGGUAGUGGUUUUCCAUUCUGGUUACAAGCUCAACAAUAUUCGCGAAAUAUUGUUGACCUACAG